AAGUGGGGAGGAGGAGACUCCUCAGGAACCCUCCUUCCUCGCGCUCGGGUCUGCUCCCAGCUCGGGCACAGCUCUCGGCUCGCCAUCCGGGCCACAACUCUGUAGGGAGGCCCCGGCCCCGCCGGCCAGUGCGCCCCGGAGCCCCCGGCCGCCCGGGUGGAUAGCGCAGGGUAACCCGAAACCACUGGAGCCAUGGCGACUCCCUCUGCUGCCUUCGAGGCUCUUAUGAAUGGAGUGACAAGCUGGGAUCUCCCUGAAGAUGCCAUCCCAUGUGAAUUGCUUCUUAUCGGGGAGGCCUCAUUUCCUGUGAUGGUGAAUGACAUGGGCCAGGUCCUCAUUGCUGCCUCCUCCUAUGGUAGAGGCCGCCUGGUGGUCUUAUCCCAUGAAGACUACUUGGUGGAAACUCAGCUGUCUCCCUUUCUUGUCAAUGCUGUGGGGUGGCUUUGUUCUUCCCCUGGGGCUCCCAUUGGUGUACACCCAUCCCUGGCACCUUUGGUCAAAGUCUUCGAGGGUGUUGGAAUAGAGGCAAAGAUUGAGCCAGAAGUGAACGACUCCUUGGGGGUUUACUGUAUUGAUGCCUACAAUGAAAAUAUGACUGAAAAGCUGGUCCAGUUUAUGAAGCGUGGAGGAGGUUUACUCAUGGGAGGCCAGGCCUGGGAUUGGGCCAACCAAGGUGAUGAUGAAAGAGUUCUGUUCACAUUCCCUGGGAACCUGGUGACCAGUGUGGCAGGUGUGUACUUCACUGACAACAAAGGAGACACCAGUUUCUAUAAAGUCUCUAAGAAGAUGCCCAAGAUCCCAGUCUUAGUUAGUUGUGAAGAUGACCUGUCUGAGGACAGAGAUGAGCUCCUGCAUGGGAUUUCGGAGCUGGACAUCAGCAACUCGGAUUGUUUUCCAUCCCAGCUGCUAGUGCAUGGGGCCUUAGCCUUUCCUCUGGGCUUGGAUUCCUACCAUGGCUGUGUUAUAGCGGCUGCCCGCUAUGGCCGGGGCCGAGUGGUUGUGACUGGCCAUAAAGUAUUAUUCACCGUGGGGAAACUAGGCCCUUUUCUUCUCAAUGCUGUCCGCUGGCUGGAUGGGGGCCGAAGAGGCAAGAUCGUGGUACAGACCGAGCUUCGAACACUGAGUGGCCUGCUUGCCGUGGGGGGCAUAGACACCAGCAUCGAGCCCCAUCUGACCAGCGAUGCGAGUGUCUAUUGCUUUGAACCCGUGAGUGACGUGGGGGUCAAAGAGCUGCAGGAGUUUGUAGCAGAGGGCGGUGGGUUAUUCAUUGGAGCCCAAGCUUGGUGGUGGGCCUUCAAGAACCCCGGAGUGUCCCCUCUGGCUCGAUUUCCAGGAAACCUCCUUCUCAACCCCUUUGGCAUCAGUAUCACAAGCCAAAGCCUCAAUCCCGGGCCCUUUCGUACCCCUAAAGCAGGGAUAAGGACCUAUCACUUCCGCUCCACUCUAGCCGAGUUCCAGGUUAUCAUGGGCCGCAAGAGAGGUAACGUGGAGAAGGGCUGGCUGGCAAAGCUGGGACCAGAUGGCGCAGCGUUCCUGCAGAUCCCCGCCGAGGACAUCCCAGCCUACAUGUCCGUGCAUCGGCUUCUACGGAAGCUGCUGAGCCGCUAUCGUCUCCCAGUCGCCACCCGAGAGAACCCUGUUAUCAAUGACUGCUGCAGGGGGGCUAUGCUUUCCCUGGCCACGGGCCUGGCCCACUCUGGAAGUGACCUCUCUCUGUUAGUCCCAGAAAUCGAAGACAUGUACAGCAGCCCCUACCUGCGCCCCUUGGAGUCUCCCAUCACCGUUGAGGUCAACUGCACCAAUCCAGGCACCCGAUACUGCUGGAUGAGCACUGGCCUCUACAUCCCGGGAAGGCAAAUCAUAGAAGUCUCACUGCCCGAAGCUGCUGCCUCUGCUGAUCUGAAGAUACAGAUUGGUUGCCACACGGAUGACCUGACCAGGGCCAGCAAGCUGUUCCGAGGGCCCCUCGUGAUUAACCGGUGCUGCUUGGACAAACCCACGAAGUCAAUCACCUGCCUCUGGGGUGGACUCCUCUAUAUCAUCGUGCCCCAGAACAGCAAGCUGGGUUCUGUGCCCAUCACCGUGAAGGGGGCUGUGCAUGCUCCCUACUACAAGCUGGGGGAAACAUCCCAGGAGGAGUGGAAGAGACAAAUCCAGGAGAAUCCAGGUCCCUGGGGAGAGCUGGCCACCAACAACAUCAUCCUCACAGUGCCAACUGCAAACCUGCGUGCUCUGGAGAACCCUGAGCCGCUGCUCCUCCUCUGGGAUGAAGUGAUGCAGGCUGUGGCACGACUGGGUGCCGAGCCUUUCCCUUUGCGUCUGCCCCAAAGGAUUGUGGCCGAUGUACAGAUCUCAGUGGGCUGGAUGCAUGCAGGGUACCCCAUCAUGUGUCACCUGGAGUCUGUGCAGGAGCUCAUCAACGAGAAGCUCAUCAGAACCAAGGGGCUGUGGGGCCCUGUGCAUGAGCUGGGCCGCAACCAGCAGCGGCAGGAGUGGGAAUUCCCACCACACACCACUGAGGCCACCUGCAACUUGUGGUGUGUAUAUGUGCAUGAGACAGUCUUGGGCAUUCCUCGAGGCCGUGCCAAUAUUGCCCUGUGGCCCCCAGUUCGGGAGAAGAGAGUCCGAAUCUACCUGAGCAAGGGGCCUAAUGUGAAGAACUGGAAUGCCUGGACCGCACUGGAAACGUAUUUGCAGCUCCAGGAGGCCUUUGGUUGGGAGCCAUUCAUCCAUCUCUUCACUGAGUAUAGGAACCAGACCAACUUGCCCACAGAUAAUGUCGACAAAAUGAAUCUGUGGGUCAAGAUGUUCUCCCACCAAGUGCAGAAGAAUCUGGCUCCAUUCUUUGAGGCCUGGGCCUGGCCCAUCCAGAAGGAAGUGGCUACCAGCCUGGCCUACCUGCCUGAAUGGAAGGAAAAUAUUAUGAAAUUGUACCUUCUCACACAGAUGCCCCACUGAAGCUGACAUCAAGAAACACAGAAAAGAAAUGAAAAAUCCCAAUCAAGCAAACUGAAGGUAUUUGGUUACCAUUGGAGAAGAUCUCAACACACUUCUGGGAGAGAGAAAGUGGAUGAAGCAUGAAAAUGAAUUGAAAGAGCAAAGGUACCCUUCAGACAGAAUAUAAGCUGAUCUGAACAACAUAACCCCAAAAGAGACUCAUGCACUGGAAAAGUCUAUCUACAAGAGAAUUAUACCAGUUGGAAAACUCACCCCCAUCGUAUUCUACCCCCCCACCCUUGUACACAGAACACAAGUAGCCUCAUAUUGGUACCAGUUAAAAAUUCACUGUUGUUGUUCUUGUGGUUGUUUCUUGUAUAAAGGAAUUGAAUAAACUGCCUGAGGAGACGUAAGAGUUGGUGUUCCAAAUAAAAUUCCUCUUUUUGUGGUAAUAAGUGCCCCUCAGCCUAUUAACUAACUCUCUACUGAGAGUGAGACCCCUACUCAAGUACCCAAAGUUUCUGCUCAUAAAGACUGGCUGGAGAUAAAGACCUAUCCAUGCAACAGCAGAGGAAACCCAACCAAUAUCUGUAAAAGUCAAUAGUUAAAAUUGAUUCUUAAGUGUAAAUGUUCAGCUAGGAAUCCCCAGACAUGGAGGGGAGAAGGAAAGAGCAAGGGAAAAGCAUUUUAAAAAAAAAAUAACCAAGAAGAACUAAGGAACGUUGAAAAAUUCUGCAAACUCUGGACAAAACAAAGUCAGCAUGGUAAAGAAAUCACUUAAAAUUGUAGCCACAUCUUUAGGGAGAUUUGAGGUGUAUUUGUAAAAUGGGAAUUGGAUAUUACAGAGAAAGGGAAAAUUCCAAGAAUAACAAGAGAUUUUUGAAAACAAAAUAAGACUUUCAAAAGUAUCCAGCAAACAGGCUGGGAAAUAAAGUGGAAAGACUCUCCCUGGAGAUGGAUCAAAAAGAAACAGAAAAUAUGAAGGAACAAAAGAGAUACAGAUAAUCAAAAUAUAACCAUUAAGAGUUCCUAGAAGGAAGAACACAGAAAACAGUACAGAAUGAAAAUAAUCAAAGAACUGAAAGAACUACAUUUUCAGAUUAAAGAGGCCCAAUAAAACCCAUAUCUAGGUACAAUCUUAUGAAAUUUGGGGAUAUUAUGGGUAGAAAAUGAUAUUAAAAGGGAAAAAAUUAGAUCAUAAUAAUUAGCUUAACUAAAAAGGAGUGAGAAAUAUAUUGGUGGCAGAUUUUUCAUCAGUUACAUGAUUGCUAGAAGUCAAAGGAGCAAUGUGUUUGUUCAUACAUAACAACGUCUAGAAAACUUUUGUGCCUAGAAUUCCAUAGAAGACAAACUGGCAAGAGUGAUGUCAAAAUAAUGACAUUUUUCUGGCACACAAGUUUUCAGAAAGGCUACUUCCUUUGUACCCUUAUUGAGAAAGUACCCUGAGGAAGUUCUCCAGAAAAAUAAUGAAAACCAGUAAAUAGAAAAAAAUGGGAUCCAGGAAAUAGCAGAGCUCACCCCAGAUGUCUCAUUCUUGGGUAACAGUUAUCUAGUAGCACAACUCACUCUAGAGUGAUAAUUAUACAAAAAGAUGUCACUCGACAGUGACAUUUGUUCAGCAGACCUAUUUUGGAUGAGAAUACUCAGUCUAGCGCUCUCUGGGAAGAAUCUUCAUUUUGCCCCAUAGUAUCAUAGAGAAGCUAGGAAGUUGGAAAAUAUGGAAGACACACAUUCUUUAUCCAACCAAAAAGAAAGACAAAUUAAAAAGAUACCAAAAAUGCAGGUCCAAUUAUGAAGGAAAACAAAACAGGGCAUGAUUUUGACUAUUCAUUUGACAUGGGUGGUGAGUACGUUCCCUUUCCAGUGAUGCAUACAUGGUGACAUUGGGUGAGAAGAAAAUACCUAGCUUCUACUUGUUUUUUGUUGUUUUUUUUAAAAAAAGUAUUUUUAUAGCCAAAAUCAUGUAGAUGCCAUUUAUUGGUCUUCGGAGUUCUGGUAUCAGCAAAGCAUGAGAGGAAUACUGUUCAGAACUGAAGUUGAAAGUGAUGCUGACAAGUUAAAAAGAAAAGAAAAAGAAGUUAGAAUUAGUUGGGAGAAAAAAGAGAAGAGUGUGGCUACUUAUAUACUCAAAGUGGGGAUGAAAAGGUAAGGUCUUUAGUUCAGGGGAUAAGAACUAGAUAAUUAGUGUAAAAUAAACCAAUGAAAUUAUUUAAAGUGACAUAUCUAUCAAACAUUUGGGGAAGGAUGGAUAAAGGAGAAGUGGGAAUAGUUUAAGUUAAAUCCUUAUCUUUUGUAAUGAGAAAUUAUUAAAGAUUAUCUAAAGUUAAUAAUCAAGAAAUUAUUGUUCAAACAUAUUAUUUAAAGUUAGGAAGUUAGUUAGUGGAAGACCCCAAAAUAGAUAUUGUUUAAAGCAUCUAGGGAAUGAGACUAGCAUUAAAAAAGGGUGGGGUGGCAAAUUGUGUUUUUCAUUUUAAGUCUUUCUGUACUAUUUAAUUUUUUACCUUGUGCAUGUAAUAUUACUUUGAAAAAAUUUUUAAUAAAUCCAAAUAAAAAUCA